CGUAGGCGGCGAGAGUGUUCCGACGGAGCGAUUACUUUUGACUUGCGGAGGCCUAUCAGUCGAGGGCCGGGCCCGCAGAGCCGGUGCUGAGUCUACAGCGUCACCUGAGAAGGCUCCGGGGGCCGCGCUGGGGCCGCUGCGGAAACGGCUAAGCCGGCCGCAGCUUCAGCCAUGGUUGCCCCCGCGGUGUUGCGUGCCCUCCGGAAGAACAAGACCCUUCGCUACGGAGUCCCCAUGUUGUUGCUGGUUGUUGGAGGUUCUUUUGGUCUUCGUGAAUUUUCACAAAUCCGAUAUGAUGCUGUGAAGAUUAAGAUUGAUCCUGAAUUGGAGAAAAAGUUGAAAGUGAACAAAAUAACUUUAGAGUCAGAGUAUGAGGACUCUGACCCUGAUACCUGGUACAAAGCCUCAACUUCUCUCCCUGACCUCUUCAGACCUGGGCCUUCUACUGCAGCUGAAGCUCUACCUUCACCAAUGGCCUCUCCAUGCAUCCCUUCAGGGACUCCUGCCCUGCCAAAAAAUGCCAAGCCUCAGCUAUACUCCAUGACCCCUUCAUGACUUCAAAACCAGUAUUACCUGAGUGACUGUUACACUACCAAGUUCGGUUGCCAGCAUGAGAUGAAACCUCCACUCCUGGGCUUCUGUGUCCUGAUUGAAAGGAAACACUUUCCAGAAGAGUCUGCCUUGGGUGAGGUCCCCCCAAUCUCUCUCUUUUUUGUCUCUCUCUCUCCAUGUUUGUACUGAUUAUUUGGGAAUUUCACCUAAUGCACCCCAAUCACACACUUCCCAUUCCUCCCAGGUAUGCCACCCACCACUUUUUUUUAAGCCUAUGCCCCCCCCCAACAAAAAUAAAAGAAGAAAGAAGAGGAAAAAAACCCCUACAAGUCCAGUUUGUGUUGCCCAUAUACUCACUGGAGGAUGGUCAAACUCCCAGUGGACAGAUCCUUAAAGAAAAUGGAGUCCUUCCUUAUCCUAUCCCCUGCCAGAAGCCAUCUGUUUUAGAGAGCGACACUUCAUCAUCCAUAUCAAAAUGUUAAAGAGUUCUCUUUGACUGCUUCCUGCCUAAUCUGUUACUUUUGGGAGGUGGUGGUGGGAUGAGGAUUGAUGGAGGAGGAGGUUGUCACAGGAUCCUUCUAUGACUCUCAACUGUGAGUCUGCAGUCAUUCAUACCACUUAAAAAGUAACUUCCUUGCCCUUUACAGUCAGCUGGAGCAUGGAUCACGGACUUCAUAUAGCUUCUGGUGACAUGAAGGGCCAUGGAUAUCUACAUGGUUCCCACUGGCAGUACAGACCAGACAUUGACAGAGCCCUCUGCUGCAGCAUAGGCCAUAGACACCAUUGUGGUCCUUGGUGGCAGCACAGGCCACAGACAGCAACAUGGACUCUUGUGGCUACAUGACCCUCGGACAUCAACAUGGCUUCAGGUGGCAUCAUAGACCGUGGACAUUGGUCUAGCCCUUGGUGGUAACAGAGGCCAUGGAGAUCAACACAGGCCCUGGCUGUAAAAUGACCCAUAGGCAUUAACAUAGCAGGAUAGGCCACUCACAUCAACAUGGUCCCUGGCGGCUGCACAGUCUAUGGGUGUCAACAUCAACAUGGAUUUAGGCAGCAGCACAGACCAGGCGAUGUUGGUCUCCUAACUGCAGUUCAUUAUUCAUCAGCUGUUCCUUCAAAGCAAAGGUUUCUGGUCUCUGUUUAAUUAGAAUUGAUUCUUUAGCCCCAGCUGACCAGAUCCAGAAUCUUAAUUCAAAAUAUCAAAUGACCCUAAUAGUCUUUGAGUAACUCUCAAACUUCCUUGUGAAACUUCACAAGCCAAGCCUCUACUAUCUGAGUUUCUCUCAACACUCUUACUCUCCAGGCUCCCAUUGAACAUCCCACUGAGCUUUUAACACUCAAAAUAUUUUUGAGCCCAAAGUCUCAAAGUCUUUCCACAGUCCUCCCAAAUAUUGUCAGAUUUGUUACAAAAAUACCCCGCUACUGCUACUAAUGUCUGUCUUUUUUAUUGCUGUGAUAAAACACCACAACCCAAAACAACUAGACGAGGAAAGGGUUUAUUUAAGUUACCCUUCCAGGCAACAGCCAUCACUGAGGGAAGUCAAGGCAGGAACUGAUAUGGAGGCCACAUAUCAGGGAAGUUCUGCUUACUAGCUUGCUGACUCAGUAAGAAACUAUCAAGAGAGAGAACAUAGACAAAGGCUUUCAACAUUUUUGUAUGAGUUCACACAGGUGUUAGUGGUAGUUUGAAAAUUGUGUUGCAGUUUGCAGUUUCUGUCUUAACUAAGCACUCAAAUAAUUGAGACUACUGUAUUUAUUUGAUAAGCUUUAUGGCACAUGAACUGAGCAGUAUUAAUCUUUUGUUUUGUUUUGUUUUCAAGACAGGGUUUCUCUGUGUAGUCCUUGGAUGUCCUGGACUCACUUUGUAGACCAGGCUGGCCUCAAGCUUACAGAAAUCCACCUGCAUCUGCCUCCCUGAGUGCUGGGAUUACAGGUGUGUGCCACUGGCCUGGCUAGUAUUAAUCUAUCUUAACUCUCUGAGCUGAUCUGCCCCCUCUCCCCACCCAGGGUAAAUCUCUGAGAUAUUUGCUUUUAUGGCUUUCUCUGCUACAGCUGCUCCUCCUGAUGGCUCCUGGACUUCUCCUCAGGGAUCAAUUCCCACUUCUCUUUCUCUCCAUCUCCCCUGGCUGACAGGAAGUCCAGCCCUAUUCUCUCCCUUGCUCAGUCAUUGGCAAGUUUCUUCACUGACAUAUCAGGGAACAAUUGGGGAGCAAGGUUUAGACAGGAGAUUCUCAGAACAAGGAUAUGGGGCCCGCAGAAAUCAACAUUUGAAUCUUUACACACUACACAAUAACAUUAUGCCUAUCCAGAGGUAUAUGGACACACACAAAUAUGCACACACACAGACACACACAGACACACACAGACACACACAGACACACACACAGUAAAAAAGGAAGCUAUAGAAGUUUUUGAAAUAGAAAAUAUUUGUUAAAACAACUUAUGAAAACAGAAAGAAAUUAUGGAUCUAAAAAGCAUGAGGACCACAAUGAAUUUUUUUCUAGAGACAACACUUGCCAGUAUUGCUCUACCUACUCUUUACUGCAACAUUGAUUUCUAAGGUGUAUAUGUAUGGAAAAUCUUUUCAUUGUAUUUUUUUCAAGAUGCUGGCAUGGAAUACAUCAA